AUGCGGUCGCUUCUAUACGCAGCGGCAUUCUUGCCGCUGCAGACGCUCGCCUGGUUUGGCAAAGGCUCAGAUAUCGACGAAAUCGUGGUGGUGACCACGACGAGAACCAUCACCGUUUGUCCCAUUACCGAAGCAUGGACUUGCGGGCCCGAUUAUCCGACAGCGCCGUGGCAGGACUGGACCGGCACAGUCACCAGCACAGGGUCGGUGGUCUCGCCUACAAGCAAGGGAGAUGGUGGUCACGGCGGACAUGAUCAUUCUGGAACCCCCAGCUCGUCUUCCUCCGUCUCUGACCAUCAUGGCGGCGGUGGACAUUCGUCGGGCUAUGGAACUUGGACCUCUUCAUCGUCGUCCAGCACCAGCGCCGGUCCUUCCGGAACCCCAAGCUCCUCAAGCCCGGCUGGAAGCCCAACCUCAUCUAGCCCUGCUGGUAGCCCAACCUCAUCUAGCCCUGCUGGUAGCCCAACUUCGUCAGGUCCAUACGUAGGACCUAGCUCAUCGACCUCAUACGGCGGACCCUCUGGCCCGUAUGGAAGCCCUAGCUCCUCAAGUCCUGCCGGUAGCCCGACAUCGACGAGCACCUACGGAGGCCCAACGAGCUCGGCCGAUCCUCCAGCUGACCCUUCGUCGAGCAGCUCUACGACCUCAAGCACGAGCGGUCUCCCAGUUGAUGCUACAUCGACGUCCAGCUCCGCUAGUUCGACUUCGAGCGAUUCUCCGGCCGACCCCCCGUCGUCCAGCAGCUCUGUGACCUCGACCUCAACCUCUAGCGAUCCAGCCGCAACGUCGUCUACCAGCUCUGUAACCCCGACCUCUAGCGAUCCAGCCGCAACGUCGUCUAGCACCACCACCUCUGCCGCAGACCCUCCAGCAGGAACAUCGAGCACAACUUCGGGCACAACGUCGUCUGACCCAACAAGCAGCACUGUCUCGCCUGCCGGUUCCUCAACCACCUCAUCCAGCGCGCCCGGUACCACCAGCUCCUCAAGCAGUGAUCCUCCGGCGAGUACAUCCUCCUCUACCAGCAGCGUGGAUCCUCCAACCACCACUUCAACUUUCAGCAGAUCAUUCUUCCCCACCACGAGCUCAGUUGAUCCAGUCACGACUUCAAGCCUCACCAGUACCAGCAGUCGCAGCGCCACUACCACCUCGUCUUCUACCUGCGCACCGUCUCAGACGUUGUCUGCUCUGCCUGAGCAAACCGCCUGCCCGGACAACACCGCUUCGGACCGUAGCCAAUGGUGCGGCAAAUCUGUUGGUGACGACACUUUGGUACCGUACACUACCAACCAAGUCAAGCAGUUCACCCUCACGAUCACGGACGCCGACAUCGAUUUCGACGGCACUGUUCGACCGGCUUUUGCAAUCAACGGUGGAACUCCUGGUCCCGCCAUCGAGGUCAACUGGGGUGACACUGUCGAGGUUACUGUCAUCAAUAACCUGGUUGACAACGCCACCACGAUCCAUUGGCACGGCAUCCGCCAGUUCGGCACCAAUGACCAAGAUGGUGUUCCCGGUGUUACGGAGUGCGCUAUCCCACCUAACGGUGGCUCACGUACCUACACCUGGAUCGCUUCGACCUACGGAACCGGCUGGUACCACUCGCACGCCCUGUCGCAAUAUGGCGGUGGUAUCCGAGGACCUGUCAUCAUUCACGGACCUGCGACGGCUGAGUAUGACUACGACAUGGGCCAUGUCAUGAUUGACGAGGUCUUCAGCCAAACCAUCUUCCAGAUGGCCUGGAACAUUGCCCGUCUUCGAGGCCCGCUUCCUGCUGCCGUCAACUACAUGGUCAACGGAAAGAACUUGUCUCCAGAUGGAAGCUCUGGAAAGGCAACCCAGUGGACAGUCGAGCCGGGCAAGAAGCAUCUGUUCCGCAUCAUCAACAGCUCUGCUCAAUCUUCCUAUAUCGUGCACUUCGACUACCACACGAUGACGGUCAUCAGCUCCGACUACACCCCGAUCGUGCCAUACACAACCACCAGCCUGUACGUCAACCCCGGUCAACGGUACAACGUCAUCGUCGAGAUGAACCAGACCCCUGGCGCAUACUUCAUGCGCGCCAUCACUCAAACUGGCUGCGGUGAACAGAACGUCAACACUGGUCUCGGCAUUGCCAACCCUGUCUUCACGUACCGCGGAUCAUGCGGCACCCCGACGUCCGAGACUCUCACCAUCGCCCCGGCCUCUGACUGCCGCGACGAGCCUUUGGCCAGCCUUGUUCCCUUCGUCAGCAAGGAUGGUGGCAGCGUUGACGACUUCACCGACACUGCCAAGCUUCUGCCUGGUGGCAACGGUGGCUCUCAAGUUUUCGACGGUUACGGCCCGAUCAUCAGAUGGUACUUCGGUGGUCUCCUCGACCUUAACGGCAACUCGGCUUCCGUUCUGGGCAACCAGACCAUCGGCGUGGACUUUGAGAACCCGACGCUCAAGACCAUGGCGGAGCUCCCGACCCUCGGCUUCAACAGCUCCAAGUACUCGAACGCGGUGGUACUGGACGGCCCGGCAGGCGACUGGGUAUACUUUGUGAUCCAGAACAACUUCCAGACGUCGCACCCGAUCCACUUGCACGGCCACGACUUCUCGGUGCUUGGCCAGGGCAAGGGUGUCUUCUCGGCCGACCAGGUGUCGUCACUCAACUUCGCUAACCCGUGCCGUCGUGACACGGCGCUGCUCUAUGGCUUCGCCGGCCCCGGUGGUGUGGCCCAGAGCGGCUGGACUGUCAUCGGCUUCCAGACCGACAACCCAGGCGCCUGGAUCAUGCAUUGUCAUAUCAUCUGGCACGCCGACGGCGGUAUGGGUCUGCAGUACAUCGAGCAGCCUGACGCCAUUGACGCCGAAUCCUACUGGUCCAGCCAGGGCUUCCAGGAUGAGUGCAGCUCCUACUCGAACUACCAGACCGGCAACGUCGAGGGCAAGCUUAGCUACGAGGCCGGCAUCAAGCGUGAUCUCCAACGGCACCGACACGCCCUCAAGAACAAGCACCACUGA